AUUGUGGCCCUUAUAAUGAUAACGACUACUAUGAUAGUCGUGGCAGUGGUCAUGAAGAUUAUGGUUAUGGUGGCGGUGGUGGUGGUGGUGGUGGUGGUCGUCAUCAUUUAGGUGGUGGUAGUGGUGGUGGUCGUCAUCAUUUUGGUGGUGGUCAUCAUUUAGGUAUGGGUGGCGGUCGUGGUCGUCGACCUUACCGUCCCUUAGAGACACACAAUAGUGAUUAUCAACCACGAUAUGGUGGUCCACCACCUCGACGACAUCCUCGACCCUAUUAUCUACCUCCAGGACAUCCACGACAUCAUCAACCUAUGUCUCAGUUGGAAUAUUUUAGCAAAUUAAAAUCCGGUUCUGACGACAGCUGCCGGUGUGGUCUCAUAACGGGUCGUCUGUGCGGCCAUCAAGUGGUUCAGUCGGACCGGGAGGCCAAAGCUCGUCGCACUGAACCCUAUCUGAAAGGCGAUUGCGAGACAAACGGUUUGUAUGAAUGCCAUCAAUCGGGCGCUGAGGCCGUACUCGUGAAAAAGUGCCGCAACUGUUACUCUGAGGGCAAUUCAGUACAGUGUCAGUCAUAUCAUUAAAAAAAUGAAAAUAAUAUAUUUAUUAUUAAUUUUAUAAUUUAAAAAAAA